GUGAGCCCGGACAGGCCCGGAGCGUCUCCCAGCUCGGCUUUGUUGUUCAAAAUGGCGUUGAUGGACUGUCCUCGGCGGGGAGUGUGAUCACCCUGCACGCCGCCACCCAGCCGCCUCACACCCUGGUGAUUGCUGGGUGUGGAUGAAAUUGGCUUGCGUUUGCGCUUAGCCAUGCAUCGGGAUGAGGGCAGAUCAGCACCUUCCAUGAUUCUCGCUUUGUAUGGACUACCAGAUGGAACACUUUGAAAAAGUGGUAGAGAACACCUUUGCUUGGCUGAGUGGGUGUUGCCUUUCCCUUACUUGUGGCAGUCAUGGAUAGUCACUGGUCAUUGUAAUUGAGUGGUGCCAGAUAACAUGGCAGAUCUACCCGAGCAUAAGGAUGGGGGAGACAACGGGAAGCCAGACACUGCAGUAGCUCUGAAGGAAGGGUCUUCUGAGUUGCAGUGCACUUCUUCAGGAGUUUGUGGUGAUGACCUUCACCAAAGCAAAGGAUCAACACUUCUCCAGUCUUCAAAACUGCAUCAGAAUGAAUGUGGAAGUGUUAGUGUACACUCAUUGGAAGCAGAGGGUAGAAAGUCUUCUGAAGAGGCAGCAGAUAACCCAGGGAAGCUGGUGCUUGAGGAUGGAAGUGAUGGAAGUGAGGCACGAGAGAACUUUAAGAAACUGGAUGAUAUGGCUUGUAGUUUUGAUGAAUCCAAGCUAGCAAAAACUAGUGUGUCUCAGGCCAAGGAUCCUCCUGAUAAAGAGAAUGAUCAAGGUGUAGGGAAGCUUAUAUCGUCUGAGCAAAAUGAGUCUCCCCCUCAGGAAGAUGCCACAAAUGAAAUUCAGGCUGUUAGUACAAAAUCAUCAGAGACUACUGUAUCUUUGAAUAACAGUACCAGUGGGCAUCCACCACCUUGCACUCCACCAAUGUCUGAAGCUGCACACACUGGAGAUGAGUUAAAAGAGGCCAAUGCAUCCACAGAAACUGUUGUCCCCUCUACUCCUGGAUGUCAGGAGUCAUUAACAAGUUUAUCAAAACCCACCUCUUUAUCAGCAGUAAAGUUAUCUGAUUUGGAUCUAGAUUUAUCAAGCUUUGUAUCAAGUGAUCAUCAAGAAAAAUUAACAGAGGCUUUGGUAGAGUCACAGGGUUCCUCCAAAAGCAGCAUAAAUUUUGAGUCUGUAGAGCCAACUGGAGUUGAAGGUAGUUCAACUCGGUCAUCUUCCAUCUCUUCAACAAGUGACCUGUGUUCUGCAAGUGAAGUAGAGCACACUGUUAUUGAUGCCAUUCCCCAGUCCUAUUCUGUUACAUCUGCACCCACACAGAUAAGCAGCGUCCAGCAGGAACUGGGUAAUAAGAUGGCACUGUUGGUAAAUCAGAGUCAGUUUAAAAAGACUGAGGCUCACUCACAAACUAGUAAAACCCAGUGCCCACAAGAGUCUAUCUGUGCAGAAAAUAAGAGGCAGGAUAAAGUUGGUGAUGAAAAGGAUGGUGCUAUUAUUGAACAAGAGAAAAAUUGUAUGGGGAAUGAGGUGCCCGAUAAUUCAGGAAUUGUUACUGGUCAAAGUGAAAUGAAUGUGGAACGGAAUGAAAGCUGCAAUGACGUGAGUUUGAUGAGUGAAGCAGGUAUUGGAACACUGCCACUGAUAGUAGCCACUCGAUCUCUGUCUCAGGAACAGGAUGCAGAGAUGUCUACUGAAAAAAGGGAGCAAACGGCUCUAGCCUCCACUGAAACAAAUGCCACAAACAAAAAAAUAGUGCCGUUAUUAGAAUCUGAACCUCUCAAGCCAGUUACCAUUGGUAGCAGUUUACAGCCUCUGGAAUUGAUUCAGGAGGCAUCCAUGGUGGAGGACACUCCUAUCACUACAGACAUGGCCAUUAUUGAUAGUAGUGCUGAUGAAGCUGACAGUAUUGGUGGGCUGGUGAUAAAUAAUGUGAUUGGUGCAGCUGAUGGAGUGGUUGACUUUCAUCCUGAUGAUGUGGAAACAGAAAAGGAACUGACUGACAUCAGUGCAUCCGCUCCCCAGCUUGGAGAAGGUAGUGACUCCAGUGAUGAACAUGGACCUAGUGCCAAGAGGAGAAGGUUGGAGAAUGGACCAAAUGGUGUGGAGGAUAAGUCAAAUAGUGCAAAAAGAGUCAUUUUUAAGGUUAUUCCUGUGAAAAAUGGUCAUGGAGUGUGGGAUUCUCAGAAAUUACAGGAAGUCCUAUUAGCUAAAGGUACAAUUCUUCUUCAAAUUCAUGCAUCCAAGGAAAGCAUGGAACUGUUUGAAGCAGAGAAGGAUGAGAAAAAAGUAGACUUCACUGCCAUCAUGACAGAGACAAAGGAUGACGACCAUGACCAAAUGUCCUUUGGCAAUGUUGAGCCAGAGGGUGAUGACCCACUGGCCGUAGCAACCUCCCAUCCAUCCUUCAGCCGCCCCUUCUCACACUCCCAUAGACGCUCUACGGCCCUCCAGCCAGCCAUGUCAAGACCAGGAUUCAAGCAUCUGCAGACCCCACAGGAAUACCACAUGAAGAAUGAGGUGCUUGGCCUGCCACCACCACUGGAGUUUGAGGAGCCUCAGAUGGGCAAUCCAGACUGGUCAGGGAAGGAAUACUACGCUGGGCUCCUGCUACAGAAGAGGGCUGCCCCACCCUCCCAUUACCCUGCCCUGCUCCCAGCUCUGCCACCACCACCACCCAGGGGGCGGAAGAGGGGUCGCCCUCCUCUGGCCAGUCGAAGGGGAUUUCCUCCCUACACUCCAAGAGGCGGCCAUUGUAAGAUCCGCCCACUAGGGGGGCGACAUCCAGAGCCCAUCAAGUACAGGCCUCCUACUCCACCUCAUUUGUUUCUGUCCUCUCUCCUCAGACUUACCAAGUCUGUUAAUCUUUUUAACAAAAAUGAUUGCAAGAAACCUCCCAAACAGAGUGGAGAUUCAUCAAAAUGGGAUGUGUCAUCCCAUGGUGAGGCAAAGAAAGCUUCAGGAAAGCAGGCUGAGAAAGUUACACAAGAAGAGAACUCAGGAGGCUCACGUUCACAAGUAAUAAAGUGCGAAAAUGGUAAAGUUAGCCCAAAAACAGAAUCAGCUAACAAAAGAUUUUUGAUUAAGCUACCAUGUGAUUUUUGCCCCCUUGUAUUUAGAAAAAGAGCAUCCCUUCAUGCUCACAUCAAACAUAAACACAGAGGCAUGCAAGAAUGUCCUAUAUGUAAAGAAAAAAUUAAGGUAAAGAACAAGUAUGGUAUGAGGUUUCAUAUAUUGAAAAAUCACAAAGACCAACCUCAUUUUCAUUGUAAAAAGUGUGGGGAGUCAUUCAAAUUACAGCACCACUUGACAAACCAUGAAAGAUUAAAACAUGAACUUAUGGAAAGUGAUGAUGACACUGACCAAAAAUGUAACAUAGUGGAUAUGGAGAGGGAUUCUGAAGAAAGACAAAUUAAUGAAAAAAAUAGGGAACUUAAGGAGAAAGCAGAAAAAGAGGAAAGAGAGAAAAGAGAAAAGAGAGAAAGAGAGGAAAGGGAAAGAAGGGAAAAGGAAGAUAGAGAAAAGAAAGAAAAGUUGGAAAAAGAACUGAAAGAAAAACUUGAAAAAGAAAAGAAAGAGAAAGAAUUAAGUGAGAAGAAAGCAAAGGAAGAAGAGACAAAGAAAAGAAAAGCUGAAAGAGAAAGAUUAAAAGUUGAAGUGAAAAAGUCAAGGAAAGAGAAUGACCAUUGUAAAAAAGUGUCAGAAAAAAGGGUACCUGCAAGCAUUGGGAAGGGGAAAGUGAAGGACACAGGGACCAAUGUUAUUGCAAGCCGAGGAAGUGGCGCAAGAGGAAGUAGUGCGAAGGUUGUGUCUCGUGGUAAAGUGAUGAAUGUGAAACCUCCUAGUAAGACACCGUCGUCCAAGGGGUCGUCAACCAAUUCAGGUACGAGACUCCCAGCCAGAGUCACGCGCAAUAAGCAAAGGGGCAAGAUAGAGAGUGAAGAUGAUACCCAGAGUGAAAAGGACUCAGACUCAGAUAAUAAUGGCGAUGGCGAUACAGGGGACACUGAUGAUGAUGAUGAUGCCUCUUCCUCUUCCUCCUCUUCCUCCUCCUCUUCCUCCUCCUCCUCCUCCUCAUCCUCUUCCUCCUCUUCCUCUGCAUCAGAGGUUGUAGGGGAGAAGCUGUCUUGUGAUCAGUGCAAUUCAAGCUUCAAGAGUUCUCUUCAGCUUGAACGUCACCAAAAGGAAGCUCAUCGCCGAGCCACGAGAUCAAAAGUAGCUGUCAAAGCUCAAGAGGAAAUUCGCAAGGAAGAGGAGGAAGAGGAGGAGGUGGAGGAGAAGGAGGAGGAGGAGGAGGAGGAGGAGGAGGAGGAUUCUGAAGAAUCUGAAGAUGAAGAAGAAGAACUCCGGAAGGAAAGGGAAAGAAAAGAGAAGGAACGGAAAGCAAAAGAAAAAUCUUUAACUUGCAGAGUUUGUAAUAAAGUCUGUCGGAGUGAAUAUCAGCUAAGGCUUCACUUGCCAAUACACACCAUUGUAAGAAAAGUUCAAGGAGGGAAAAAAUCUUCUCAAAGCAAGGCAAAUGCUAGCAAGACUACUGAUAUUUCUGAAAAAAAAAUGCAGUCCUCGUCAGAUAAGUGCGGGGGAGAAUCUGCCAGAGUUCUCAGAAGCACUGCUACAACUGCUCAGAGCAAAAAGAAUUCUCCACCAACAAAAUCUGGUGCUAAGAAGGAUUCUAGUGAAGAAACUGAAAAGGAUAAGCGAGCUGUGCAGAAGGAGAAGUGUGAAUCUCAAAAAGAAAAAAAUGACAAGAAUGAGCAACCUUCAUACCUCUUAAAAGUUGGUUCUUUAUUCCGCUGUACAAAAUGUAAUGUCACUUUUAACAGGGAGAAAUCCAUGACUUACCAUAUGAAAAAAAUCCAUGAAACAUUGUACCCAUUCAGAGCAUGUGAGCACUGUGGUAAGAUAUUUCGAAGUUGUGGUCCUUAUAACAGGCAUGUAAUUAUUCACAAAGUCCACCACUGCCCUGAACCAAACUGUAAGGCCAAAUACCGCAAAAUGCUCCGCUUAAAGCAACACCAAAAGAGUGCUCAUACAAAUAAGCCGUACAGGUGUCAAAAAUGUAUUCACAUUUUUGCUAAGAAAUCAGAGCUGGAGAAGCACCGAGAAGCAGACCAUCCUAAAGUACCCACAGAUGAUGAUGAUGAUGAUGAUGAAGAGGAGGAGGAGGAGGAGGAGGAGGAGGAGGAGGAGGGGGAAGAGGAAGAGGAAGAAGAGGAAGAGGAAGAGGAGGAGAAGGGACAGGAGGAGGAAGAGGAAGAGGAGGAAGAAGAGGAGGAGGAAAGAGAGGAGGAAGGGGAAGAAGAGGAGGAAGAGGAAGAGGAAGAAAGGAAAAAGGAGAAAGACAAAGAGGAAAAGAAGAGUAUAAAAGAGGAAAAAGAAAGUAAAUCUGAUGGUGAAGUAAUGUCCCCAACAAAAAGAAGAGCCAGAUGUAUGCCUAUAUCUUACAAGGAACCAGAGGAUGAGGAUGAUUAUGUUCCCCAUAGGAGGAGUCAUGACAGGAGAAAGAACAUAGAAAAAAAGAGUCAUGUUGAAAAGAAAAGCAGCUUACCUGUGAAAAGUGAAGGUAAUAAGAUAGUAAAUUCUGAUAGCCUUGAUACUUUAAAGAAAACAAAGCUAAAUAUUCCAUUAGAAAAGGAAGAAAAUAAUAUUAAAAAAAUUACAAAAGUGAAUGAAAAAGUAACAAAGUGUAUGAAGAGUGAAGGCAAUAAUACAGUACUUCUCCCAGAGAGCACUUCAAUUGAUGAUAGCUUCUCGUCCACUGAGACGUCCCUGAAAAAUCUUAAAACGGUAAAAAAAGUUGUGCACAAGGCAUCACCCCCCAACAGCAAGAAAAACAAAGUGAAUCUCAGUUGGACAGCAGCAUUAAAAGCCCAAAUUCAGGCUGCCAAAUCAAGUUCAAAAAACUCGGCAAAAAAGAAGAGUAAAAGUAACUCUCCAAAGUUAAAGGCCAAGCCCAGUCAUGGACCUGUGGGAUUCAACCCAGUGAGUGCUCCUGAAUAUUCUCAAGGACAAGAGGCCCUUCCCUAUCCCAGUUACCUAGUGGCUGAAGACUCUAUGUUUAGUUUGGAUGAUAGUUCCCAGAUGGAUUUAAUUGGGGAUUAUUAUGGUGCACAGUACCCUCCCAGUGAAGAGAUUAGUGAUUUUGUACCUGAUGAUGACGAUAAUGGACCUGCAAAGAUAAUAGGGUUUGAUUCAUUUUAAUUGAGAUUUACUUAGUUUCUUUAUAUCAAUUGAUACCUCAUACAUAAAUAAAAAAAAAACUUGUAUAGUGCAAUACCAUUUGUAAAUAUUCUGGUACAGUGUGUGUGUGUGUGUGUGUGUGUGUGUAUGUAUGUGUGUGUGUGUGUGUGUGUGUGUGUGUGUGUGUGUGUGUGUGUGUGUGUGUGUGUGUGUGUGUGUGUGU